GUGUUACUGAAGCGCCAUCAUAAUGUCGUGCGUUGACAACUGAAACUAGUGCAUAGAGUUCUGUUGAAUAUAGGUGUUUUUCGUUGUUUUAUGUUGUGUAGAAGCAAAGAAACAAAUUCAAAAUAUACCAAAAUGGGCAGAGGAUGUACGAGGUUGCCAGAGAAUAUAAAAUCGACUGAUCUCGAAACAUAUUGUGUUUAAUGCCAACAACGCUUUUGCAUCAUGAAGGAACAAUAAAACUUUUUAGAAAACAUGUUGCUGUUGCGAUUUAUUUCUCGUAUUACUCAGAUAACAUUUAUAGAACUAGUUCCACAAUUCAAAAUACUGCAAUUACUUACAAUACGAGUGUAAGCGAGAGUAAUCACAAUGGCGCAAGAAGCAACUACUAAUCUAAUUAGAGAGGAUUUUGAUGCUGGUCCAUCGAGCUAUGACGAAAUUAUUCCUGGUUUGUUUCUUGGGAAUCUUACAGCUGCUACAGACGUCGAAUGGUUAAAAGAAACUAAAAUAAACUAUAUACUCACAGUAGAUUCAUGUCCACUUCCAAGAAAAAUCCAAGAGCUUUUACCAAACUUGACUAUAAAGUACAUACAAAUUACUGAUAUGCCGCGUGAGGAUCUUUUAACUCACUUUGAAGAUUCUUAUGAAUUUAUAGACCAUUCUCUACAGCAAAAUGAUAAGGUUUUGGUACACUGUUAUUUUGGUGUCUCUAGAUCAGCUACAAUUGUUAUCGCAUAUUUAAUGAAAAAAUAUAAAAAAAGUUUUUGCGAUACAUUUGAAACUGUAAAGGAAAAGAGACGCUUUGUCGGACCUAAUGCUGGUUUCUUGGCACAGUUGAAGCUUUAUGAAGAAAUGGGAUUUGGAGUAGACAAUACCAACGUGCAAUUUAAAAUGUACAAGUUGCAAAUUGCAGCGGACAAGGUGCGAAAGGCAAAAAUCCUGCCACAAAAUUGUGCAGAUCUGAUAAAACCAGAUCCAGCUCUUGCCACGGUACAUCCAGAGCCAACGGUGUACCGUUGUAAAAAGUGUAGGAGGAUCAUAGCCAGUGUUAGCAACAUUUUGCCACACAUGCCAAAGGAGAAGCAAAUCUGGAGACAUAUAAGUCAGAAAAAAUCAUCCAAACAAUCGAAAACGUCGCAUGAAUUAUUGGAACCGUUACAAAAAGAAGAGCAACAGCCAGCCGAAUUUUGUACCAAAAUAUUAUUUGUCGAGCCGCUAGCUUGGAUGCCCGAUAUAACGCACAAUGUCGAGGGGAAAUUAAAUUGUCCAAAGUGUAACACAAAGUUAGGUUCUUUCAGUUGGAUAGCGGGUAGUCAAUGUCCAUGCGGCAGCAAAAUAGCGCCAGCAUUUUAUUUGGUUCCCUCGAAAGUAGAUUGGAGUAACGCUGUACAAAAUGUACAAGUAACUGUAUAGUAUUAACGCUUGUAAUCUUUACAAUUAAGAACUUUUGGACGGAUGACUGACAUCUAAUGACUAAUAUGUAAGAUGAGAGAUUUUUGGAAUCUUUUUACGUGGUUCUAGUUCUCGAUUAGCGUUAUAACGAAUAUAUACGUGUGACCAAUAUACUUAGGAAAUUUGUAUUCUAAUUUCGUGCCAAAACAUUCGUAUAUCAAAUGUAAACGUAUUCGUUUCACGACUGUAAUUUUACAUGCGUUUCUCGCCGCAACGAGUACACCGACCCGUUCUUCCAUCGUUCGAUCUUCGUAUUUGUACGUCUUGCUUUUUUUCUAUGAUUAACAUAUAAUAAUAAUAUAGUGACUUUGUAGACUAACAUACUACUUCCUGUAUAGAUGUCUUGUAUAUUAAGCAGAUAAUAUAUUUAUGAUUUUUAUCAUUUA